UUUUAACUGGUAUUUUUUUUUAAAUGGGUGUCCCUCACCUUGACCACGUCAAGUCCAUUGCAAUUCUUUUGUCGACCGCGUGGAUUGCUCCCACAGUCCCUGCAAUGCCAUUCCCGAAAGAAGCACGUGGCGAUUUGGUCAUAACAGCCCCAGAUGAGACGAGGUUGGCGCUUCUGUGCGACCAGUCGACACAUGUACGCCCCACUUGUGGUUGCGGCGACUCGAAGCGACUACGACGAUGGCAGCAGCAGCAGCGUCUUGUUCAACAAGAGCGACCGGACUUGGGGUCGGCCCUGCAGCCGUGGAAAGCAACCCAGGCAAAUUUACCUACUUUUCGUCGGUGCUCGACAGCUACCACACACGAGGCAUUCACGCAGGCAUGUCGCCGUGACCGCCGCCUUCUUCAUGUCGUUCCUCCAUUGUGGGGAAAGAGUGCUGCACCAUGGUUUUCGCUGGGGGUAAGGCGCUUCGCAGGCGGUGUCGUCGUUUAGCUCCUGGCCCUGCAUUGCGUUGUCGUGCCUCUCCACCCGCUUUCUGAAUACCUCGGGCGAUAGAUGGCGGCGAGCUGCCGGCCACCGGCGGGCUGCGUCGACGUCCGCGCCAGGAUCGACGUUGAUAUAUACCAUCCCGAAAACCCCACCAACGUCGUACAUGAGCCAAAACUUCUCACCAUUGAACUUCUGGAACUUCUCGAACCUCAUUUGUC